CCCUUUCUUCGUGCACUCUUCCCCUUGCGCCCUGUGUCCGCUGCCGAUGACUGAAAAUUGCAGACGGGAAAACCGUGUUUGCAUCUAAAUUUAGUUGUACGCACUUGGUUUUUGUUAAAAGUUGCUCGUGUUUUUCGUGAAUUUCUUUCCGUAUCGCGAUUCAGGCGUUUCAAUCAAAGACUUUUUUUUUGUCUCGUCGUUUCGUCGUUCAUCAACUUACGUUUCAAUAAUAAUAACCAUUAUAAUAACAUCAAUCGACUAAGAAUAUCGUGUAAAAAGACGUGCUUCGUCUUGUGUAACGUUGUCAAUUCUUCGAUAUACAGAUUAUUAUAAUACAUUCAUAUAUCCAAACUGUCAUAUACAUGUAUUUCGUUUUGCGAUCAAGACUCGACACAUUUUUGGAUUAACCCGACUUUUUUCCACUCCCCGCACGUCCCCCUUCCACCUUUUGCCUUCGCGGCUUUAAACAACGAAAUCUGGAUUUAGUGACGAGAUUGACGAAAAAAAUAAUCAAGAUUCGUGAUCUAUGAGCGCCAAGGGCCAAGACGACCCUGGAGAAGAUCUUGAUUCCAGGGUAGGAGCUGAGAGCCCUUGCAGCGACAUGAAGAGAGCGGCAACGCAAGUGAAGAAAUUGAUUGAGCGUUAUUUUUAUCAGUUGAUCGAUGGCUGUGGCAAUCCACAAUGUGACAAUCAACAUUGCGCAUCAAGCGGAAUGCUAACGAAUUUGACACCAAACGAAGCGGCUGUACAGGCGUUACAAUUGUUCACGCAAGAGGCGCGUUUGUGUGACCGUACACAACCGAGCAAAGUAGCGCGGACUUCGAAGGAGGCAGGAGCGGGAUCUCUGACGAAGCCACGAUUACCUGUUAAGAGUAUGAAUCCGACCUGUUCCAUCGAAGGAAAACCUGUACCGUAUCUGACCGAGGCGAAGCUCCUCGAAAUAAUCGGCCUAUGUAAAUCCGAAGGAUCUUAUUCGCUCCUGAUACGCACACUCGGCGAAGUUUUUUCGUCAGCAGAGGCGCUAAGCCGGAGUUUUCAAAAAGUUGAGAAGGAUGAUUCACCGCUCGUCGCUCUGUUCGAGCGAGCUCCAGUCGAUUUUCUCAGUACACCAGGUGAUCUCAACAAAGAAGCAAUAAGAUCCCUCCAGGGUGAAGACAAAGAGGAAGAUAGCAGCGACCCAACGCCCACGGUCCCUCACCCUGACGACACCAGCGUCGAUCUUCCCGCCGUAAGAAGAGCUUUCGCAGCGCUUUGGUCGCUUCCUGGUGAAGCUUUCGAGUCUGCGCUAGUCCACGCUUUGGUGACCCUGGCCGAUAACAUUGAAUUGGAUCUGAGGGUAUUCGGUAUAGUGCCUUCCGACAGCACAGACAGUCUUUUGAACGUGUUUCUAAUUGUGUUCGAGAUACCGGUGUUGGGCACCGGUGAAUAUCUCGAAUUCGCUCUGCACAUGCUGUGUAAAGCGGCCAGCUGUUUGCCAGUCCCGGCUCAAGCGAGGCUAGCUCGAGUUUGGGCAAGACAUUGCAAAACGCGGUUGCCGAGUCUCUUGCAAGCUCUUCAGGAACUUAUCACAGUCAAGGUAAUCGGAGGCUCCUUCACCCGAGAUUAUUGCGUCCAAGAUGCCGACACGAUUACCGCACCAACCAAGGUCAUGAAGAUUAUUUAUUACGCGAGUAUGCUCGCGGGGGAGUUGGACCCACCGGAAGCAUGCCGCGACGAAGAAACCAUCGAUCCGACCGGAAUCGACAAAACGGGACAACGGACUACACAAUCAACACUCAUUUUUCAGGAUCCUCUCGCGACUGAACUGGGUAUAAGUUCGUUGGAUGCGCGGAAGCCUUUGAUAAAUUUUGGGGACUUCUACAACGAGCUACUGAGUGACAGCGUUGAGAUGGACAAAGAUUUCGCCUACUACAAAAGCGAGCAGCCAAAGAAAUUUAGCUUCAUGAAUUACGCUUUUAUUUUAACGACCGCAACGAAAACGCUUGGGCUUUAUUACGACAAUCGAAUACGCAUGUACAGUGAAAGGAGAAUAAGCGUUUUUCAAACAAUGGUCGGACAACCUACCAAUCCAUAUCUCAGGCUAGAAGUUCGAAGAGAUUUUUUGAUAGACGAUGCUCUAGUGGAAUUAGAAAUGGUCGCCAUGGAAAAUCCGACCGAUUUAAAAAAACAAUUAGUCGUCGAAUUCGAGGGCGAACAGGGAGUGGACGAGGGUGGUGUUUCGAAGGAAUUUUUCCAACUCGUCGUCGAAGAAAUAUUCAAUCCUGAUUAUGGAAUGUUCACGACACAGGAAGAGACGAAAACUACGUGGUUCAAUCCAACGUCAUUCGAGAGUGACGCACAGUUUACGUUGAUUGGAAUAGUACUGGGUCUAGCGAUUUACAAUAACGUUAUACUCGACGUACGCUUCCCGAUGGUUGUAUACAGAAAAUUGUUAGGCCGUAAAGGGGGUUUCGCCGAUCUCGAAGACUGGAGUCCAACGCUGUAUCGGAGCCUUACCGAAAUGCUAAAUUACACCGGUGACGACAUGGCUGAAACGUUUAUGCAAACGUUUAGGGUCGGUUACAAAGAUGUAUUCGGAACGGUGCUAUUUCAUGAGCUCCGGGAAAACGGUGAUGAGAUUUAUGUUAAUCAAGAAAACAAAGAAGAAUUCGCUGAGCUUUAUGCCGAUUUUUUGCUCAACGGUUCAGUCGAGCGACAGUUCAAAGCUUUCAGGAGAGGUUUCCAAAUGGUUACGGACGAGAGUCCCCUCGCACUCUUGUUCAGGCCUGAAGAGAUUGAGCAACUCGUUUGCGGUAGCAAAGUAUUUGAUUUCGCGGAAUUAGAAGCUGCGACCGAGUACGACGGCUACACCGUAGAAAGUGCGGCGGUCAAGAACUUUUGGCGAGUCGCCCACGCCCUGCCGCUCGAAAGUCAACGGAGACUUUUGCAAUUCACUACUGGCAGCGAUCGCGUCCCCGUUGGUGGAUUAUCACGGCUCAAAAUGGUCAUAUCACGACACGGUCCUGAUUCCGACAGAUUACCGAUAGCUCACACAUGUUUCAACACGCUUCUAUUGCCGGAUUACGGAACGAUAGAAAAGCUACAAGAUCGUCUUUUGAAAGCGAUUAAUUAUUCAAUGGGUUUUGGCAUGUUGUGAACACAAAGUGAGAAAAAAAGCUUGGAACGCAAGAAAAAAACCGUACGAUUUAGGGAAUGUGAGGCGAGUACGUGCCGUAUCGCCACAUUCCGAUUCACCCGAUCCUAUUUAUUUUUUAAGUAAUUGAACUUUGCGCGACCGAAGGCGCGUAGCGAGUGCAAAUUUUAUGAAUAAUGAGCGAAAAAAAUGAAAACAAAAUCACGAUACGAAGCAUCAUGUGAAAUGAGUGAAAUGAGCUCAUUGAUUGCCGCAAAAGUACAAGAAACACUUCGUUAAAGUGACUUUUGACUGAUACGCGAAAAAAAAAUAGUCAUCCUUUUUCCUCUCCUUCUCUCUUUUUUUUUCUCAGCCUACUCUGCGAGUCGCCGACGAAUUUUGUGUCGCUCGCAAACAAAGCUUCGAGAUCAGUGUACAAAUAAAGAAUUUUCAAAAUGUU